AUGACGGGCGCCGCUCCUAUUGAUAUUUCCACCCGCCAGUCGACCUCGAGGGCGGGUACGGGUGAUCGCACUGGGAGCUUCUCGCAUCAUGCCGGCGGAGGACUCGGAGUAUUCAAGGCGCCACCGCCGCGCAAAGACUCGAUCGGCGCCGCCACGGCACAAUGGGGGAACGGGACGAAACCUAUCUCCAUGUCGGGAUCUGCCCGCGAUAAAGGUCGUCGGGAGUCCCUCGCAGGAAGCUUGGUGGGUGGCAUGAGCUGGGGGGUGUGUCCGUCGGGAGCUGGAUACGUGAUGAAACUGACCAAGGAAAUUUUACCAUGCAGCAUCAUUAUGACUGGCACCUCGCCAUUUACUUUCCAGUCGCCCUCUUUCCACUCCUCGUCGUAUCUCCCGAAGCUGGAAGCGAACUUUAUGAAAGACUUUUCUUGCUGCGGUGUGACGUUACCGACGCUCCAUGACCUAUUACAACAUUACGAAGAAGCCCAUGCGACCAAGUCGCCCAACCAAGGCCACCGACCGAGCCAGGGUGAGAAUCGAGCUGCCUUGGCCGCUGCGGCAAUUGCACAGCAACAGAGCCAACAGCAUGGCAAUCAAGGACGUGGUCUACAGCCCGAUCGGACCCUGGACAUGCAGCGCAAGUUGGGCCAGAACCCAUCGCCAUUACAGCAUGCCGAUCUAGACACAAUCGAUGAUAUGGAGAUGGACGACGCCUUGGGUGACGGGGAUGCCUCUACAUCCCAGCUCUUCUCCCCUCAACUACAUGACGGUGGCCAGGGCGGAUUCGGCAACUCAAAUCAGGGCUCGCAAUUAAAUCUGAGUAUGCUUCCAAGCCACCAAGGAUUCAGCACCCCUUCGCAACCCGGCACUCCGAUCGGAUCUGGACGACCUCUUUCUCUGCAGAACAACCCAACGGUCUCUUCCGUCAACACCCCAACGUUGAUGGCCAACCCGCUCCACAAUUCGCAAUUCCGCAAUACUCCAGAUUCUUCUGGGCCAGGGACCCCGGCCGAGAUUGACGAGAGCAUGAUGGGUGGAUUCGGUGAUCUCAGCAUGCAAAAUAACACCAUGGGCCAGAAUCAGAACCAGUUUGCACGGUUCAAUGGGAACAAUAAUGAUAUGGUCGAUCUCUGUAUCGAUGAACCGGCCAAGCGGCUCUUCAGCCCCAGCGGUGGCUUAGGUUCGCCCAAUGCGCACUUUAAGCUCAGCGGAGCUCAAUACGGUCCCAAUAGCGAUAUUGCACGACGGAUCCGUGAACAGCAACUGCUGGCUGGGGUCCCCGACACUACCACGAUCCUCCCCAACGAAGAACCUAAGCCAUUCCGGUGUCCCGUCAUCGGUUGCGAGAAAGCUUACAAGAACCAAAACGGUCUCAAGUAUCACAAAGCUCACGGUCAUAACAACCAGCAACUUCACGAUAACGCUGAUGGCACCUUCUCAAUUGUCAACCCAGAAACAUCCGCACCAUACCCAGGUACCCUGGGCAUGGAGAAAGAAAAGCCAUAUCGCUGCGAGGUGUGUGGCAAGCGGUAUAAGAACUUGAACGGACUCAAAUACCACAAGUCACACUCACCACCCUGCAACCCCGAUUUCCAGCUUGGAGGUCGCAACAUGGCCCUAGGUGGCGGGGUCAUGCAGGGGCAGAACAUCAACGUUGCUGGAGCUGGCCUCCCCGGGAUUGGCGAAGAAGGCCUUCUGUGA